AAAAGAGUUAUAGUAGAAAAAAAACCAUCAUAAUAUGAUUAAAAUAUUUACGACCUUUUGAAAACUUUGAUUGCAAAUUCAUCCGUCGACCUUGUUUUUGAUAAUGAUGGAAGUGGGAAGAGUUAAAGAGUUAAGAUCCGUUUCCCCUUACUUUCCAUUCUAAACCUUCAGCAACGUUCCAAAGGUGGUCUUUAAGACCGAUCAGCACUCUCGGCAGGGUGUAUAGGCUGCAAAUUCCUCCACUGAAUCAACAGUCUUUGGUUUUUGAAGAGUUCUUCUUCUCCAUUGAUUAGCAGGACAAAUAGAAGAAGGAAAGAUGGGGAAGAGAGGAAGAGCAUGUGUGGUGGUUCUAGGAGACCUUGGCCGUAGUCCACGUAUGCAAUAUCAUGCCCUGUCCCUUGCACAUCAGGCAUCUUUGGAGGUGGACAUUGUUGCAUAUGGAGGUUCGGAACCCCAUUCUGCUGUUUUAGAGAAUGAAUCCAUUCAUAUUCACACGAUGAUGCAAUGGCCAAAGCACCCUCAUAGCAUACCAAAGAUACUUUAUCCACUAAUUCUCUUGCUCAAGCCAAUCAUUCAGUUUAUAAUGCUUCUUUGGUUUCUUUGCAUCAAAGUUCCUGCUCCUGAUGUCUUCAUGGUGCAGAAUCCUCCUUCCGUUCCAACAUUAGUGGCUGUAAAAUGGGCAAGUUCAUUGAGACAGUCUGCAUUCAUUGUUGAUUGGCAUAAUUUUGGAUAUACCUUACUGGGUUUGUCACUGGGAAGAAGCAGUCGAUUUGUCUCAAUAUACCAUUGGUUUGAGAAGCAUUAUGGGCAGAUGGCAGAUGGUUCCUUAUGUGUAACAAGGGCAAUGCAGCAUGAAUUAGGUCAAAAUUGGGGAAUUAAAGCUACAGUUUUAUACGAUCAGCCUCCUGAGUUUUUCCGUCCAACUUUGCUUGAGGAGAAGCAUAAGUUGUUUUGUAGAUUAAAUAGAUAUCUUUGUCACCCUCUUGGUAUUCGAGAUUGCGUAAGUUCUGAAAGUACAAAUAUAGGGGGAGAUGACCAAAAUGAAACACUAUUUACAACCCAGGUUGGCACUGGCAUCUUGUUGAAGCCGAAUAGGCCAGCCCUUGUUGUAAGCAGUACAAGCUGGACUCCAGAUGAAGAUUUUGGGAUUCUAUUGGAAGCAGCAGUAAUGUAUGAUAGGCGUGUUGCUGCUCUAUUAGAUGAAAGUGAUUCCACUGAUGAAGGGGUCCUGUGGAAGGAGAUCUCUGGUGGAAAGCAGUACUUGUACCCCAGAUUGUUGUUCGUCAUUACAGGUAAAGGUCCUGAGAAGGAAAAAUAUGAAGAGAAAAUAAAGAAGUUAAACCUCAAACGUGUGGCAUUUCGUACAAUGUGGCUGUCAGCUGAGGAUUAUCCAUUGCUUCUUGGGUCAGCAGAUUUGGGUGUUUGUCUGCAUACUUCCUCUUCAGGAUUAGACCUUCCCAUGAAGGUGGUGGAUAUGUUCGGUUGUGGACUACCUGUAUGUGCUGUUUCAUUCUCUUGCAUUGAAGAACUUGUCAAAGUUGAGAAAAAUGGACUGCUGUUUUCAUCAUCAUCAGAGCUAGCUGAUGAACUCUUGAUGCUCUUCAGAGGCUUUCCAGAUGACUGUGAAGCUCUAAAAUUUCUCCGGAAUGGAGCAUUGGAAUCUUCAGCAAGAUGGGCAACCGAGUGGGAAGAACAUGCUGAACCAUUGAUAUCAGAGGUUAUCUCCAGAAACUUGAAAUAACCUCAAGUUUCAGCUGUCUUUUGUCAAGGUUUUAACGAUAGCAAUCCCAGCAUCUGUCUCAUGUGUUGGGAUAAGAGGAGGUGGGCUUAGUUCACAUGCUGACUUUCACUCUUCCUGGGAAUAUUACCGUCUCCUUUUGUUAGAAGGAAACAUGGUAGAUUAUACAGUCCUUCUGAUUCCAAAAUUGACAGUAAAUUUUGAUAUAUGGCAACAUACAACCAAUCAUGUGGUUCUGCUCUCUCAUUGCUUAAAAGGGUUUUCGAUUAGACUGGUUCUACUGCUUAUAUGUGCAAUGAACAUUAAAUUGAUAUAUACGCAUAGUUGCUAGUGAAUCACUACCCUGCUGAUCCUAGUGAAAGAUAUCAGUGCUCCAUUUUUAAUACUUGUAUAUCCCUGUUGAUAUCUAUUUUAUAUUCCUUUCAAGGUAAGUUUUAAUUUUUUUUUU